CGCUGCUCCGGCGAGCUCCUGCGCUCGGCGGCGGCCGGGCAGGCUCGGGAUUGGCCGUAUUUAAACGUUUUGAAGCACGACUUGUGCCCCCUCCUCCUCUCGCUCCUUGGUAAUGUAUUUCAAGCUUCGAAGCAGGAGCCACCGAAAGAAGGGGGAGCACAAGGAAUUAGAUGCCUGAGCGCUAACUCCUCGCCAGGCUAGCGUGGUGGACUCUACAGCCAGCGUCUAUCAAGUCGCCCAGCGCCUGUUUCCGACCCGAACGCGCGGUGCAGCGCUUCCCGGCGGGGCGGAGAGCCAAGGUGCGCAGGAGCUGCUGCGUGUUGGAUGGGGGCAGGAGGUGCCGGAGCGGGGUUUCCAGUCUGCAGCCCACCAGAGCGCUACCCCGGGCAUGAUGGAAUUGCAGAGGACGUCCAGCAUCUCCGGGCCGCUGUCCCCGGCGUACUCGGGGCAGGUGCCGUACAACUACAAUCAGCUGGAGGGGAGAUUCAAGCAGCUCCAAGAUGAGCGUGAAGCUGUGCAGAAGAAGACCUUCACCAAGUGGGUCAACUCCCACCUUGCCCGAGUUUCCUGCCGGAUCACAGACCUGUACACUGACCUUCGUGAUGGACGCAUGCUCAUCAAGCUGCUGGAGGUCCUCUCUGGAGAAAGGCUGCCUAAACCCACCAAGGGGCGAAUGCGCAUCCAUUGUCUGGAGAAUGUGGACAAAGCUCUUCAGUUUCUGAAGGAACAGAGAGUCCAUCUCGAGAACAUGGGUUCCCAUGACAUUGUGGAUGGGAACCAUCGGCUGACCCUCGGGCUCAUCUGGACCAUCAUCCUGCGCUUCCAGAUUCAAGAUAUAAGUGUAGAAACUGAAGAUAACAAAGAAAAGAAGUCUGCCAAGGAUGCUUUGCUGUUGUGGUGCCAGAUGAAGACAGCUGGCUAUCCCAAUGUCAACAUUCACAAUUUCACCACUAGCUGGAGGGAUGGCAUGGCCUUCAAUGCACUGAUACACAAACACCGGCCUGACCUGAUAGAUUUUGAUAAGCUCAAGAAAUCCAAUGCACACUACAAUUUGCAGAAUGCAUUUAACCUGGCAGAGCAGCACCUCGGCCUCACUAAACUGCUGGACCCUGAGGAUAUCAGCGUGGACCAUCCUGAUGAGAAGUCUAUCAUCACAUAUGUAGUGACUUACUACCACUACUUCUCUAAAAUGAAGGCCUUGGCUGUUGAAGGAAAGCGAAUUGGAAAGGUGCUUGACAAUGCUAUUGAAACAGAAAAAAUGAUUGAAAAAUAUGAAUCACUUGCCUCUGACCUUCUGGAAUGGAUUGAACAAACCAUCAUUAUUCUGAACAAUCGCAAAUUCGCUAAUUCACUGGUUGGCGUUCAGCAGCAACUUCAGGCCUUCAACACUUACCGCACUGUGGAGAAACCACCCAAAUUUACAGAGAAGGGGAACUUGGAAGUGCUGCUUUUCACUAUUCAGAGCAAGAUGAGGGCCAAUAAUCAGAAAGUCUACAUGCCCCGUGAGGGAAAGCUCAUCUCUGAUAUCAACAAGGCCUGGGAAAGACUGGAAAAGGCUGAACAUGAGCGAGAACUGGCUCUGCGGAAUGAGCUCAUCAGACAGGAGAAACUGGAACAACUUGCCCGCAGAUUUGACCGCAAGGCAGCUAUGAGGGAGACUUGGCUGAGUGAGAACCAGCGUCUUGUGUCUCAGGACAACUUUGGAUUUGACCUUCCUGCAGUUGAGGCCGCCACCAAAAAACACGAGGCCAUUGAGACAGACAUUGCUGCAUAUGAGGAGCGUGUGCAGGCCGUGGUUGCUGUGGCAAGGGAGCUUGAGGCAGAGAACUACCAUGACAUCAAGCGUAUCACAGCAAGAAAAGACAAUGUCAUUCGGCUCUGGGAAUACCUGUUGGAACUACUCAGGGCCCGAAGGCAGCGCCUUGAGAUGAACCUAGGGCUGCAGAAGAUAUUCCAGGAAAUGCUCUACAUUAUGGACUGGAUGGAUGAAAUGAAGGUGCUGUUAUUAUCUCAAGACUAUGGCAAACACUUGCUUGGGGUGGAAGAUCUGUUACAGAAGCAUGCCCUAGUUGAAGCAGACAUUGGGAUCCAAGCAGAGCGAGUGAGAGGUGUCAAUGCUUCUGCCCAGAAGUUUGCUACAGAUGGGGAAGGCUAUAAGCCCUGUGACCCCCAGGUGAUCAGAGACCGCGUGGCUCACAUGGAGUUCUGCUACCAAGAGCUUUGCCAGCUGGCGGCUGAGCGCCGGGCUCGUCUGGAAGAGUCCCGUCGCCUCUGGAAGUUCUUCUGGGAGAUGGCAGAAGAAGAAGGCUGGAUACGGGAAAAGGAGAAGAUCCUCUCCUCUGACGAUUACGGAAAGGACCUCACCAGCGUUGUGCGCUUGCUCAGCAAGCACCGUGCCUUUGAGGACGAGAUGAGCGGCCGCAGUGGCCAUUUUGAGCAGGCCAUCAGAGAAGGUGAAGACAUGAUUGCAGAGGAGCACUUCGGGUCAGAAAAGAUCCGUGAGCGGAUCAUUUACAUUCGGGAGCAGUGGGCCAACCUGGAGCAGCUUUCAGCCGUUCGGAAAAAGCGCCUGGAAGAAGCCUCAUUGCUGCACCAAUUCCAGGCCGAUGCUGAUGACAUUGAUGCCUGGAUGCUGGACAUCCUCAAGAUAGUCUCCAGCAGUGACGUGGGCCACGACGAGUAUUCUACACAGUCUCUGGUCAAGAAACACAAGGAUGUGGCAGAAGAAAUCACCAAUUAUAGGCCCACCAUUGACUCGCUGCAUGAGCAAGCCAGUGCCCUCCCCCAAGAGCAUGCAGAGUCUCCAGAUGUGAGGGGCAGGCUGUCGGGCAUCGAGGAGCGGUACAAAGAAGUGGCAGAGCUGACGCGGCUGAGGAAGCAGGCGCUGCAGGACACCCUAGCCCUAUACAAGAUGUUCAGUGAGGCUGACGCUUGUGAGCUCUGGAUUGACGAGAAAGAGCAGUGGCUCAAUAAUAUGCAGAUCCCGGAGAAGCUCGAAGACCUGGAAGUCAUCCAACACAGAUUUGAGAGCCUAGAGCCAGAAAUGAACAACCAGGCUUCUCGGGUUGCUGUUGUGAAUCAGAUUGCACGUCAGCUAAUGCAUAGUGGUCACCCCAGUGAGAAGGAGAUCAAAGCCCAGCAGGACAAACUGAACACCAGGUGGAGUCAGUUCAGAGAACUAGUUGACAGGAAGAAAGAUGCUCUUCUGUCUGCUCUGAGCAUCCAGAACUACCACCUUGAGUGCAAUGAAACCAAAUCGUGGAUUCGGGAAAAGACAAAGGUUAUCGAGUCUACCCAGGACUUGGGCAACGACCUGGCUGGUGUCAUGGCCCUGCAGCGCAAGCUGACUGGCAUGGAGAGAGACUUGGUGGCCAUUGAGGCAAAGCUGAGCGACCUGCAGAAGGAGGCAGAGAAGCUGGAGUCUGAGCACCCUGAGCAGGCCCAGGCCAUUCUGUCUCGGCUGGCUGAGAUCAGCGACGUGUGGGAGGAGAUGAAAACCACCCUGAAGAACCGCGAGGCCUCCCUGGGAGAGGCCAGCAAGCUGCAGCAGUUCCUGCGAGACUUGGACGACUUCCAGUCCUGGCUCUCCAGGACCCAGACAGCCAUUGCCUCGGAGGACAUGCCCAAUACCCUGACUGAAGCAGAGAAGCUUCUCACGCAGCACGAAAACAUCAAAAAUGAGAUUGACAACUACGAGGAAGACUACCAGAAGAUGAGGGACAUGGGCGAGAUGGUCACCCAGGGACAGACCGACGCCCAGUACAUGUUUCUGCGGCAGCGGCUGCAGGCCUUGGACACGGGGUGGAAUGAGCUUCACAGAAUGUGGGAGAAUAGGCAAAACCUCCUCUCUCAGUCACAUGCGUACCAGCAGUUCCUUAGGGACACAAAACAAGCCGAAGCCUUUCUUAACAACCAGGAGUAUGUUUUGGCUCACACUGAAAUGCCCACCACCCUGGAAGGAGCAGAAGCAGCUAUUAAAAAACAAGAGGAUUUCAUGACCACUAUGGAUGCCAAUGAGGAAAAGAUCAAUGCUGUUGUGGAGACAGGCCGGAGGCUGGUGAGCGAUGGGAACACCAGCUCGGAUCGCAUCCAGGAGAAGGUGGACUCUAUUGAUGACAGACAUAGGAAGAAUCGUGAGGCAGCCAGCGAACUUCUAAUGAGAUUAAAAGACAACAGGGAUCUUCAGAAAUUCCUGCAAGACUGCCAAGAGCUCUCUCUCUGGAUCAAUGAAAAGAUGCUUACAGCCCAGGAUAUGUCUUAUGAUGAAGCCAGAAAUCUGCACAGUAAAUGGUUAAAACAUCAAGCAUUCAUGGCAGAACUUGCAUCCAACAAAGAAUGGCUUGACAAAAUUGAGAAGGAAGGAAUGCAGCUCAUUUCAGAAAAACCAGAGACGGAAGCUGUGGUGAAAGAAAAACUCACUGGUCUACAUAAAAUGUGGGAAGUCCUUGAGUCCACCACCCAGACCAAGGCCCAGAGGCUCUUCGACGCAAAUAAGGCUGAACUCUUCACCCAGAGCUGUGCGGAUCUAGACAAGUGGCUACACGGCCUAGAGAGUCAGAUUCAGUCUGAUGACUAUGGCAAAGACCUUACCAGUGUCAACAUCCUGCUGAAGAAGCAACAGAUGCUGGAGAACCAGAUGGAGGUGCGGAAGAAGGAGAUAGAGGAGCUCCAGAGCCAAGCGCAGGCGCUGAGUCAGGAGGGGAAGAGCACCGAUGAGGUGGACAGCAAGCGCCUCACGGUGCAGACCAAGUUCAUGGAGCUCCUGGAGCCCCUGAGCGAAAGGAAGCAUAAUCUGCUGGCUUCCAAAGAGAUCCAUCAGUUCAACAGGGAUGUGGAGGAUGAGAUUUUGUGGGUUGGUGAAAGAAUGCCUUUGGCAACUUCCACAGAUCAUGGCCACAAUCUCCAGACUGUACAGUUGCUAAUAAAGAAAAAUCAGACCCUCCAGAAAGAAAUCCAGGGCCACCAGCCUCGCAUCGAUGACAUUUUUGAGAGGAGCCAGAACAUUGUGACUGACAGCAGCAGCCUCAACGCUGAGGCCAUUCGACAGAGGCUCACCGACCUGAAGCAGCUGUGGGGCCUCCUGAUCGAGGAGACGGAGAAGCGUCACAGGCGGCUUGAGGAGGCCCACAAGGCCCAGCAGUACUACUUUGAUGCAGCUGAGGCUGAGGCAUGGAUGAGUGAGCAGGAGCUGUACAUGAUGUCUGAAGAGAAGGCCAAGGAUGAGCAGAGUGCUGUCUCCAUGUUGAAAAAGCACCAGAUUUUGGAACAAGCUGUAGAGGACUAUGCAGAGACAGUACACCAGCUCUCCAAAACUAGUCGGGCCCUUGUGGCUGACAGCCACCCUGAAAGUGAGCGCAUCAGCAUGCGGCAGUCCAAAGUGGAUAAGCUAUAUGCUGGCCUGAAGGACCUUGCUGAAGAGAGGAGAGGCAAGCUGGAUGAGAGGCACAGGUUGUUCCAGCUUAAUCGUGAGGUGGACGACCUGGAGCAGUGGAUCGCCGAGAGGGAGGUGGUCGCAGGGUCCCACGAGCUGGGGCAGGACUAUGAGCAUGUCACGAUGUUGCAAGAACGCUUUCGGGAAUUUGCUCGAGACACAGGGAACAUUGGGCAGGAGCGUGUGGACACAGUCAAUCACAUGGCAGACGAACUCAUCAACUCUGGACAUUCAGAUGCCGCCACCAUCGCUGAGUGGAAGGAUGGCCUCAAUGAAGCCUGGGCUGACCUGCUGGAGCUCAUUGACACGAGAACACAGAUUCUCGCUGCUUCCUAUGAACUGCAUAAGUUUUACCAUGAUGCCAAGGAAAUCUUUGGGCGUAUCCAGGACAAACACAAGAAACUCCCUGAAGAGCUUGGGAGAGAUCAAAACACAGUGGAGACCUUACAGCGAAUGCAUACCACCUUUGAGCAUGACAUCCAGGCUCUGGGCACUCAGGUGAGGCAGCUACAGGAGGAUGCAGCCCGCCUCCAGGCAGCCUAUGCAGGAGACAAGGCUGAUGACAUCCAGAAGCGGGAGAAUGAGGUCCUGGAAGCCUGGAAGUCCCUGCUAGAUUCCUGUGAGGGCCGCAGGGUGCGGCUGGUGGACACAGGAGAUAAGUUCCGCUUCUUCAGCAUGGUUCGUGACCUCAUGCUCUGGAUGGAAGAUGUCAUUCGGCAGAUUGAAGCCCAGGAAAAGCCAAGGGAUGUAUCAUCUGUAGAGCUAUUAAUGAAUAAUCAUCAAGGUAUCAAAGCUGAAAUUGAUGCCCGUAAUGACAGUUUCACAACUUGCAUUGAGCUUGGGAAGUCCCUGCUGGCAAGAAAACACUACGCAUCUGAGGAGAUCAAGGAAAAGUUACUGCAGUUGACCGAAAAGAGAAAAGAAAUGAUUGACAAGUGGGAAGACCGAUGGGAGUGGUUGAGACUGAUUUUGGAGGUCCAUCAGUUCUCAAGGGAUGCCAGCGUGGCCGAGGCCUGGCUGCUUGGACAGGAGCCCUACCUAUCCAGCCGGGAAAUCGGCCAAAGUGUGGACGAGGUGGAGAAGCUCAUCAAGCGCCACGAGGCAUUUGAAAAGUCUGCAGCAACCUGGGAUGAGAGGUUCUCCGCCCUAGAAAGGCUGACAACAUUGGAGUUACUGGAAGUGCGCAGACAGCAAGAGGAAGAGGAAAGGAAAAGGCGGCCACCUUCUCCUGAGCCGAGCACGAAGGUUUCAGAGGAAACAGAGUCCCAGCAGCAGUGGGAUACUUCAAAAGGAGAACAAGUUUCCCAGAAUGGUCUGCCAGCUGAACAAGGAUCUCCACGGGUUAGUUACCGCUCUCAGACCUACCAAAACUACAAAAACUUUAAUAGCAGACGGACAGCCAGUGACCAUCCAUGGUCUGGACUGUGAAGUUCACUACCAUUUGUCAAGAGCUACUCUUUCAAAAUCCUAUUGGUUUUGACUCUGGCUUCCAUAUCACCAAAAAUGUUAAAAAUUUACAUAAUUCAUACCUUUUCUUGGUUUCAUAUUUGUUUGCAUUUAAUUCAUGUUUUUGUUUUGUUUUUGGCCUUAAAGCAGCAUACUUGUUUUUUUAUUUAUUGUGAGCUUUUUACUUUAUUAAGAUUUUACAGUGAAACUCUUACUUGAGUAAUUGAAAGUAAAUGAGAUUACAGCAUAAUGAAGAAGAAAACUAAAAUCCUAACAGGUAUGGUAUCAUGCUAUGGAUACUGUUAUGUAUAAAUAUUAUUAACCUGCAGUAGUUUGCUAGUAACUAGGAAGACUGGCAUAGAAGAAAGGAGAUAUUCAGUACUAUGAUUAAACUCUGUAGUCAGCUGAACAUUCCAUGAAGCGUGCAUUCAUUCAUAGAUGACAAAAGUAAAAGGAGGCUGGGUUUCUUUGCGAAGUUGUUUUAAGUACAGAAUUGCAAACAUUUUAAGACCCCGAGUCACUUACUGCUUUUUACAAACUAGCUCUUACCUUGUUCUGCCAAGUCCUGAGCUGAGUGCAGCAGUCUCGUGCUGCAGGUGCUGCCUCGUGGGAGUGAGCUGCCCACUGGGUGCUGCUGCUGCCGCUGCCACCACUGCCGCCUCUGUUCUGGUCGUGAGCCACACCGCCAGGACCUAGAUGAGUGCGGUUCUCAGAGGGUUUUGGAGGUCUGCCUGCCAGACUGCCCGGCCUCUCCAUUCAGUCACUGACUUUGGGUGUCAAACUGCUUUAAUUUCUUAAACAAAUGGAGCAAAAGCCAUUUUGGUUCAUCCUGAUUACUUGAAUUUGAUGGCCCGUGCCUAGGAGCACCAGCAUGCCUCCUGGCUGCAGAGGUCACUUUUGUAUCUCUGUAGACAAAACUCUGUUGUACGUGUCAGAUGAACCUCUUGAUUCAUUAAUUUCUGGAGACUUUUUAUGGAGUUCUUUAUUAAGGAAUCAUGUGAGAUGGUAUGUAAUUGGCUGCUAAGGGGGACUAAAAAUGUUUUAACAGAAAUCCUUUUCCUUAGGAAUAAUGAAGUGAUUUCCUGGUACCGAUCAAAACAAAAUCCAUAUUACAUCAAAGCCUUGUGAGACAUUCACUUGCUUAUUUGCCAUAUUUAGAUGUCUUAGUGGAAUCAGAAACCUGUUUUGAUAUGUGUUCUCCAUGAGUUAAGUCUCAUUUGUCUUUUCAUUUCAUGAUGCAUGUCUUUUUUUCUUUUGUCAGGAUAACGUCGUGUAGCAUCUUGUUUGUUUUUCCUUAUCUCUAUGUACAUAUCUAUCUACUUGUGACUGUAGAUGGAUAUAUAGAUAGAUGCCAAGCUUCUUAUGUUCUGGGGUACUGUGCAUCGUUACUGGGUCUCUGCUUUAAAAUACACCAAAAUUCAUUCCAGCAGGGAGAAAACUGCUGUUCCUUAUUAUAAGGGAACCCUGAUGUGAGUUUCUGGCCCCAAAUUGCAUUACAUAUAUCACCGAUCUGUAUGUAUAUAUGUGAUGUUUACAUAUAUAUGUUUGUGUGUUUAAAUUUUAUAUUAUCAGAAUAUCCAGUUUUAAUGCUUUUUAUAUUGAGAAGACAAAAAACUAAGCACAUGAGAAAGGAGUGCUCUCAUGGCUAUUUUUAUCUAGACUUAAACUGUAGCUUGCCAGAACAGAUUUUUCAUUAACAAUUGGAUUAUAUUGGAAGAAGAAAAAGCCAUUUCAUUCUUUUGAGUGAUAAUGCAGAGACUCAAGUUAAUGAACUUGAAAAUAGUAUUGCUUUCAUGCACUUUGGAAACCAAUCAGGUGUUUUCUGUGCUACUAGUUGUCAUGUUGCAUUCAUGUUCACUCCUGAUUUAUGUAUCUCAGAUGUGCCUGGCCACUAAAGCACUCUGGACUAAUUGCUGAAAGAAGCAACAUGGGGCGGUAGGGAGGCGUGGGAGGGGUGUGUUCACAUGUACCCACUGUUUGAUCAUAGCACUAUGAUUUGCUUUUGAUGUUUGUCUGUAGUGGUGUGUUGUCUGUUGGCAUGCUUAAAGCACAGGUCCAUUAAAAUUCAUUUUAUUCCUUUUA